UUGGCACAUGAGAUUGUCCCUGCUGUCCUCUCCCGCUAGUUGUUUCUCCGUGGAUUUAUCAAUCUCCAUCCCGGCUUUCGAUCGGAUCUUUCCCUCUCAUGGAAAUAGGCGAGUGUUGCUCUACUCACCUCAUCGAUGGGGAUGGCGUAUUUAAUGUACCUGGCGUCGAAAAUUUUAUGAAGGCCGUGAACCUGGGCGAAUGCGGACUUUCCUAUGCUGUGGUUUCCAUCAUGGGCCCGCAAAGUAGUGGGAAGAGCACUCUCUUGAACUAUCUUUUCAGCACCAACUUUAAGGAGAUGGAUGCUUUCAGAGGGAGGUCUCAAACUACUAAAGGCAUCUGGUUGGCAAAGUGUGUUGGUAUUGACCCUUGUACACUUGUUAUGGAUUUGGAGGGCACUGAUGGAAGGGAACGAGGAGAGGAUGAUACUGCAUUUGAGAAGCAGAGUGCCCUUUUUGCUCUUGCAGUUUCAGAUAUAGUGCUCAUAAAUUUGUGGUGUCAUGACAUUGGCCGUGAACAGGCUGCAAAUAAGCCUCUUCUGAAGACUGUAUUUCAGGUCAUGAUGCGCUUGUUUAGUCCUCGUAAAACAACUUUGUUAUUUGUCAUACGUGAUAAAACCAAGACGCCACUUGAAAAUUUGGAACCUGUUCUGAGGGAAGAUAUUAAGAAGAUAUGGGAUUCCGUUCCCAAACCAGAAGCACACAAGGAAACCCCACUCAGUGAAUUUUUCAACGUUGAAGUUGUGGCUCUUUCAAGUUAUGAAGAGAAGGAAGAACUCUUUAAAGAGCAGGUUGCAAGUUUAAGGCAGAGAUUUUUUCAUUCUAUAGCUCCUGGUGGACUUGCUGGAGAUCGGCGGGCUGUUGUUCCGGCGUCAGGGUUUUCUUUUAGUGCGCAAGAGAUCUGGAAAAUUAUCAAGGAGAACAAAGACCUUGAUCUUCCUGCUCACAAGGUUAUGGUUGCCACCGUGCGUUGUGAAGAAAUUGCCAAUGAAAAGCUUGCUCAUCUAAGUGAUAAUGAGGAUUGGCUUCAAUUGCAAGAAGCCGUACAAUCUGGCCUAGUUCCAGGAUUUGGAAGAAAGCUCAGCUUAAUCCUAGAUGCAUGUCUGUCAGAAUAUGACAUGGAAGCUACUUACUUUGACGAAGGAGUCAGGUCUGCAAAGAGGCAGCAAUUGGAAUUGAAAGUGCUGCAUCUAGUCCAUCCUGCGUAUCAAUCCAUGUUAGGACACCUACGGUCCAGAACUCUUGAUAAUUUCAAGGAAGCCUUUGAUAAGGCUCUAGAAAAGGGGGAAAGAUUUGCUGUGGCUGCUCGUGUCUGCAUUCAAUCUUCGAUGUCCGUAUUUGAUGAAGGGCGUGCAGAUGCAGCUAUUAAACAAGCAAGUUGGGAUUCAUCUAGAGUUCGGGAUAAGCUUCGACGUGAUAUUGAUGCACAUGUAGCUUCUGUCCGUGCUGCUAAACUGUCUGAACUUAAUGCCCUAUAUGAGGGACAACUCAAUGCAGCACUUGCAGAACCUGUGGAAGCUCUUCUAGAUGCAGCGGGCAGCGAUACCUGGCCUGCAAUAAAAAAACUUCUCAAACGCGAGACUGAGUCAGCUCUCUCUGGAUUCUCGUCUUCUCUAUCUGGCUUUGAAAUUGACCAAACAACCAUGGAAAAAAUGCUUGCAAGCCUAGAAGACUAUGCAAGAAAUGUUGUUGAAACAAAGGCAAGAGAAGAAGCCGCAAGGGUCUUGAUUCGUAUGAAGGAAAGAUUCUCAACAUUGUUUAGCCAUGAUUCUGACUCGAUGCCUAGAGUUUGGACUGGGAAGGAAGACAUCCGAGCAAUCACGAAAACUGCUCGUUCUGCGUCCCUGAAGCUGCUCUCUGUUAUGGCUGCAAUACGUUUGGAUGACAAGAAUGAUAAAAUCGAGACUAUUCUCUCAGUUGCUCUAGCAGAGUCAGCUAAUGGCAAUGUUACUGACAGGAGCAUCAUUUCAUCUGACCCACUCGCUUCAAGCACUUGGGAAGAGGUUUCACUGACAAAAACUUUGAUUUCUCCCGUCCAAUGUAAAUCUCUGUGGAGACAAUUCAAGGCAGAGACAGAAUACACUGUAACCCAGGCCAUUUCUGCUCAGGAGAGCCAUCUGUCUGGUGGAUUCUGCUGUGUGGAUUCACUGAAAAAAUCAGGUCAUUCUUGUAAUCAGGAAGCCCAUAAACGUAAUAACAAUGGGUUACCACCUCCGUGGGCAAUGCUUGCCAUUGCUGUGUUGGGAUUCAAUGAAUUUAUGACUCUUUUAAGGAAUCCUUUGUAUCUCUUCAUUAUAUUCAUUGUUUAUCUAUUGGCCAAAGCACUCUGGACCCAGCUAGACAUCUCAGGCGAAUUCCGAAAUGGCACUCUUCCUGGGCUUCUCUCCUUGUCUACUAAGUUCCUUCCAACCAUCAUGAACCUUCUCAAGAGACUAGCAGAUGAAGGCCAAAAACCAACGGCUUCUGAUCCUCAAAGAAACCCGGCACUGGAAUCAAGGAGCUUCAAGAACAGUACAUACAGCGAUUCAACAUCUGACACAUCAUCUCAGAUAAACCCUGCACUGGAAUCAGCGAGCUUCAAGAAUGGUACUACAGACAGCAAUUCGAAAACCGAUGCAUCAUCGAAUAUAACAUCAUUCGAAAAUGGCGUUGAGUACUCAAGCCGUUCGAGGUAAAGGUGCUGUGAAAGCAGUUCAGUCUGCUCAUCUUGAUUGCUCAUGUUUGGGUUUCAGUCAUGCAAGAACCCCGUUCAUGCCAGAUGCCAUUUUGGUUAUUUAUGGUGGGUUUGGUCAGAGGAACAUACAUAAUGUUGUAUCAGUACUCUCCACUCCUUCAAUGGUGAUGAGUGGAAUUGCUUCUUCUUCUUUUUUGGUUUGAGAGGAAGGCUUGAUUCGAGGCGGUGGUUUUGUUUUCGGGGCUAUAAUUUUAUACUGGGGGAUUAGGUUUUAUCUUCCCCCGUUAAUUAGAGUUUUCAUUUGCUCUUGCUAUUGUUUUUAGCCCUAAUCUUUCCAGCUUCUUUAUAACUAAUAGUUGCUAUCAUUUCUCCUAUGUGUUGUAAGUUGGGCUGUCUGACGGACAUCAGUGUCUGAUCUUGGGUGUUGUUUAUCAACCUCUUGAUGAGAGGAAGUUUUGGAAUUUUGUAAGGAAUAUGAUUGAGUAAUUUCUGCUUCCCUUAAGGAAAACAAGAUAUGGCGCCAUGUUAAUAUGAUAUUCUUCAAGGUCA